AUUAUUGUGAUUACAUGAUCAUCACGCAUGGUUGAUAUAUGUCUAUAUACAACGUUUUGUAAUGGCAUUUAUUUUAGUAUUCAGUUAAUAUUUUCACAAAAAGAAAGAACUGAAAAAAAAGAAUUAUAAAAAUGUUAAGCGUACUGUGCGGUCAUCUAUCGCGCGAAGUACCGCGCAACAAGAAACUGUGGAGUACGACGAAAAAUACACACUGCAGCGGGAUCACGACACGAUUAAUAUUAUCUAAUAGAUUCCACAUUGCCGGGCGUAUUUCCGUAUUUUCCCCACCGGGCGUCAGGUGUUGCAGUGGCAAUGUGAUCGACCGUGCUCAGAAAAAGAAAAAUGUGCCGCAAUCUAAGUCUGUCGUGCCGCCAGUGAAAUUUGUAUCAGUUGUUACUGGAUUAACCGGAGCGAAGCCUGGCCAGCAGAAAAGAAACUGUUUCCAUCCUGGCAUCUCUAGUUUGAGCAGAGAUGUCAUUGAUUUACGGGAUAAAUCAGUUACCAGUACGGACAUGCUAAAGGGCAUGCUCAGAUACAUUUGGCCAGAAGAUGAUCCAGAAAUACGGAAAAGAGUGAAAAUAGCAGUGGGUCUACUUGUAGGAGCUAAAGUUUUAAACGUUCUAGUGCCAUUUAUUUUCAAGUAUGCCAUAGAUAUUUUAAACGCCCAUACAGCGGCGGUAUCUGGUAGUGCUGCUAUGAAUUUAACAACUGCACCUGCAACAGUCGCGACUGUAGCAACCUCACUACUUGUAGGAUAUGGAAUAGCACGAGCCGGAGCAGCCGGUUUUAGCGAGCUUAGGAACGCGGUUUUCGCAAAAGUCGCGCAACACUCUAUUCGUAAAAUAGCGAAAAACGUUUUUGUACAUCUGCACAAUCUCGAUAUGGCCUUUCAUUUAAACAGACAGACUGGUGCUUUAUCGAAGACAAUCGAUCGUGGCAGUCGCGGUAUUAAUUUUGUUCUAAACGCCAUGGUAUUUAACAUUGUGCCUACAAUAUUCGAACUGGCGUUGGUUAGCGUGAUAUUGGGGAUAAAAUGUGGACCGGAAUACUCGGCAGUUGCAUUGAGUUGCGUAGGUAUUUAUACCAUAUUCACGCUGGGUGUUACGCAGUGGCGUACCAAAUUCAGAAUACGUAUGAAUCAAGCGGAAAAUGAGGCAGGCAAUAAAGCAAUAGAUUCGCUCAUCAAUUACGAAACUGUAAAGUAUUUUAACAACGAAAAGUUCGAAGCGGAAAGAUACGAUCAAUCUUUGAAGAAAUAUGAAACGUCGUCCCUCAAGACCAGCACGAGCUUAGCAAUGUUGAAUUUCGGACAGAAUGCCAUUUUCAGCGGUGCACUGAGUCUUAUCAUGGUACUGGCAGCGCAAAAUAUCGUAAAUGGUACUAUGACUGUUGGUGACUUAGUGAUGGUGAACGCCUUGUUAUUUCAACUUUCAGUUCCCUUAGGCUUUUUAGGCUCUGUCUAUCGAGAAGUGAGACAAGCUUUUAUCGACAUGCAAACUAUGUUUAUUCUCAUGACAACGGACACUGCAAUCAAAUCAAAAGAAAACGCAUUAAGAUUUCAUGUGACGCCAGAUUCGUCGGAAAUUCAAUUUAAAAACGUAAAUUUCCAAUAUGUUGAAGGAAAGUCUAUUUUUAAAAAUGUAUCGUUCACUAUACCGAGUGGCAAAAAGGUUGCUAUUGUUGGAGGAUCUGGUUGUGGUAAAACUACAAUUGUAAGAUUGCUGUACAGAUUUUUUGAGCCACAGAGUGGCAAUAUUUACAUCAACAAUCAGAACAUUCGAGAUAUUGAUUUGGAAGAUCUCAGACAAUGUAUUUCAAUUGUGCCACAGGAUACAGUGCUUUUUCACGAAAGCAUAUUUUAUAACCUGCACUAUGGCAAUUUGCGAAAAUCACACGACGAAGUUUUCGAAGCUGCGAAAAUGGCAAAUUUACACAACUCGAUACUGAAAUGGCCGCAAGGAUAUGAUACACCUGUAGGCGAACGUGGUUUAAAGUUGAGUGGAGGAGAAAAACAAAGGGUUGCGAUUGCUAGAGCAAUUUUAAAAGACAGUCCCAUAUUGAUUUUCGAUGAAGCUACCUCCUCGUUAGACUCCAUUACAGAACAUAACAUACUUGAUGCUCUGCGUAAAGCGACAGAAAAACGGACUUCAAUCGUAAUUGCACAUCGUUUAUUGACAGUAAUGGAUGCUGACGAUAUACUUGUUCUAGAUCAGGGUAAUUUAGUCGAAAGAGGCACCCACGAAUCAUUAUUAUCUAUACCAAAUUCUUUUUAUAGCAAAUUAUGGGAGGCUCAAUAUUUAGGUAUGAAAAAGUCUCAAGAACAAAAAGAAGAAAGUCAAGUCGAACAGCUUAAUUGAAGAUAAUAUAAUCUAUUACCUUAAAUCUCUAUAACCGAGAUUUGGCAAAUGUAUAAAUUAUGUAAAAAUAAUAGAUUAUUAUCUGUGAAAUUUUAUUAAAUAUCACAGUGCUGUGUAUACAAAUAUAAGUAUUAAAAAUAGACGACGAUAUUUAUGUGAAUGUUAGUUUAUUUAGGAAUCAAUUAUUUCAAAUAUUGUUUUAUACGUUAAAUUUAACAGAGAGUGAUAAAACUUUUGUGCAUGAGAUGUACAAAAAUAAUUUCAUAAAUAUAUUUAAAAAUGUCAAAAUAUUACAAUGCUGUGCAUACAAAUAUAAGUAUCAAAGAUAAGCGACAAUAUUUGUUACAAAGUUACUGUAUAUAUUAAAUAAUAAUAAAUAUUACGUUUGUGAUCUU